ACAAACUGACAGUGACAGUUGUUAUCAUUCAUUCAUACGAAAUUUAUUAUUCGGAAUUUAAAAUUUAGGUGCUGAGGCACUAAAUUCAUUUGCUAGACAGAGUUGUUAAAUGUAAAAUGGCUCAAACAGCGGGCGUAAAGCCUAUGGCCAUUGCUGGCCGUGUAGCAUCUGAAAGGGAAAGAUGUUUGGGCAUGACCGAUGUAGAAAGGGCAUGGCGAAAGCAGUGGUUAAAGGACCAAGUCUUAUCUGCAAACGAGCCAGUGCAUGUUGAAGAAUAUUGGAAAGAGCGUACCAAUCCUAUUCGCCGUUUCUACCGCAAACCUUUAGAUGUUUUGUUUGCGAAGCUUACACCAGUUCUGGGUGCGGAGCGUGCCAGUAUCUGUAGAUACCUUACUGGUAAAUUUGCUUUGAUCGGAUUUGCAGCAGUAUGUGCACGUUACUAUUUCAUGUACAAUGGCAAUGACUGGACUAAGAAAGGUGGUUGGAGAACAAUUAGGACUAAACCCAUGGUGUUGCCUGGUCAACCUGGAUUCCCAUACAAGUCGGAACGCUGUAUUGAUGCUGAUUAUGCCGACCGAGGAUUCAAAAAAGCAACCAUAUAAAUAAUACAAACAACAUUAACAUAUUAGUCUCUUUAUUUUAAAUAUAGUUAUUGAAAACUA